CUAUUCCGCUCACGUGCUGAGCUCUGUCUCUGCACCCAUUCCCCUUCUCCCAGCCCUAGACCAUGUCCUAGGUAGAUGGCAGGCUUCACAGCCUGCCCUGAGAGGUCACAGCAGAGGAUGAGGGGAAAAGCCGGAUCUUCACUUCCACCCUGCCCACGAGCUACCCGCUGGGUGAACUUGGUCAAGCCAGUGGCCUCAUUGGUACCCAUUUCUCUUUCUGGUCCUGGCACUUCCUAUCAAAGAAAAAAGACUUUCUUUCCAGUUUGUACCUUCCCCAGUUACUGGGUGAAGGGGCCAGAGACUCUUAGCCAAGAGAGACACAACUUACCAGCACAGCACCAGACCCAGGUUCUGGUGCCACUGUCAUCCCAACUCUGCAGGGUCACUGACUCCCUCAGACAACUGACUACGAACUCAACCCAGCCUACCUGCUUGAGGCCUGACCCAAAGCACUGGUCUGAGUCAUGGGGGAUGGAGUCAUUGCAGAAACAAGACCUCAGGAGGCCCAAGAUCCAUGGGGCAGUCCGAGUGUCCCAUUACCAGCCACCUACGCUGUCCUCACUGCAGCGCUUGCUGUGUGUCCGUAGAGCCCCCAUACCAAGUCACAUCAAUGAAGUCUGGCCCAACCUCUUCCUGGGAGAUGCCUACAGAAAGGAAAGAAAAUCCCGUGGCUCCAAAAUGGCAUCCCAAGAACCAAAGACAAGCCUCAAGAAUGCCUAUCUGUCUGCCAAGAGGCUGCUGCUGAAGGCAGAGAAGGAGGAGGAGGAGGCAGAGGACUACUGUACCCCUGGAGCCUUCGAGCUGGAGCGGCUCUUCUGGAAAGGGAGUCCCCGGUACACCCAUGUCAAUGAAGUAUGGCCUAAGCUGUAUAUUGGCGAUGAGGCGACGGCGCUGGACCGCUACAGCCUGCAGAAGGCGGGCUUCACGCACGUGCUGAACGCCGCCCACGGUCGCUGGAACGUGGACACCGGGCCUGACUAUUACCGCGACAUGGCCAUCGAGUACCACGGUGUCGAGGCUGACGAUCUGCCUACCUUCGACCUCAGCGUUUUCUUCUAUUCAGCCGCGGCUUUUAUUGACACUGCGCUCACCUCAGAAAACAAUAAGAUCCUGGUUCACUGCGUCAUGGGCCGCAGUCGGUCAGCGACUCUGGUGCUGGCCUACCUGAUGAUCCACAGGAGCAUGACCCUGGUGGAAGCUAUCCAACAAGUGGCCAAGAACCGCUGUGUCUUACCCAAUCGAGGCUUUCUGAAGCAGCUCCGGGAACUGGACAAACAGCUAGUACAGCAGAGGCGACAGGCCCAGCACAGUGACAGUGGUGUAAUGGUGGCGAAGAUGGAGGAGUAAUCCCCACUCCCCCAGCAGAGAUACUUGGGAAUCAAGAGAGAAGACUGACAUAGUUCUGACCUCUGACAUCAUAUGUCAUGGAAGUAGGACAGUAAAACCAAAGUUUCUUUCUUUCUUA